GACAUAAAGACGUCUGUCGUGAUUGGAAGUAGUCUAUGUACUGUGUUUUGAGAGUCUGGCAGUUUCUGGAAACAUGCGAAGGGUCAGCAGUCAUUUGCAUGAAGAUGAUGUAUUCCUGGAGGAACUGGAGACCGAAGGGGAGAGGCAACUACGAGGCCUGCUGAUGCAACAGUUGGACACCAAUGUUUCAGUUGAUAAGUGUGUAGCAAAGAGGAGAUGCUUUGCCCCAGCUACUGUUUACAAACCAUUUGGGGAACAAGCUGCAGGAACAUUAAGUCUAACAGAGUUCCAAGCAAUACAGGAAGGAGAUAAGGAGGUUACUGCUCUUCGAGAUUUGGGCCUAAAUGACCAAGAAAUCCAGUUGUGGCAGUCCCGGGGAGCCACUGGAAAGGGCUCGAGGUAUGGAGCAGAUCCAGAGGCUGUAAAAGAAAGACUUCAGGCCAUUGAAGAGAAGAUUUUGGCGCAUCAACACAUCUUGGCGAUGCCUCAGCGUUUUUCAGGAAGUAAACAGUUGAACAGGCGUGAGAUGGAGAUAGAGAAUGCUAUGUUUCAAGGAAAUGACCGGCACAGUUUUCUUAGAGCACUCUACUAUCAAGAUGAAAAAUGUCAAUCAGGAAUCCACCAUGUUCCCAUUAGCCAUUGUAACAGUUCAGUCGAUCAUAAAGGAGGAGAAUCUUCUAUGAUGACUUGUGCUUCAGACAAGGAAGUGCAGCCAAAGGACAGCACCGAUCAUGGACUUGGCACAAGCUGCCUAUGCCGUAAUUCUUCCAAGCACUUUCAAGAAAAAGACACUACAGAUGAUGCUAAUAUAAUGCAGACUCCGCAACAGGACACCAGGCCAGGACUGGAUAGCACAGGGAACUUUUUUGUAGACAAAGCAAUACGGUCAUUGCCUGUGUGUGGGAAGGUAACACAGGCUAAGAUAACUGAGCAAGUAGACUCUGUUCCUGUAGAGGACAUCCUAAAGAAUCGCUUAUCGCUUGACGACAUAAGGAAGAUGCCCAGGUUUGCAAAUUAUCAGCCUGGUGAACCUAACAAGGUUUUAUACUUGAAAAACUUGAACCCCAAAGCUACACUGAAAGACCUUUUCUCAUUGUUUGUGAGGUUUCAACAUGAAGAAGGGCCUCCGCUUUUAUUUCGCUUGCUAACCGGUCGCAUGAAGGGCCAAGCAUUUAUUACAUUUCCUGAUAAGAAGACAGCAGAAGAAGCUUUGCACUUGGUGAAUGGUUUCAACUUACUGGGAAAACCCAUUAUCAUUGAAUUUGGAAAGGGUGAAACAGAACAUAAAGUGAACUAAAUGUCAUUAUUAAGACCCUAACACUAAUGCCAAAAGGCAGUAACAAUUCACCAGUACAAGUGAUAUUUUUGCAAGCUGGGCCUUACAUAAAGGGAACAGGAUCUCCUUGGUUACACAAACUAAAACAAGGAAGGAGACUCUGUACUAGUUGACAUCAGAAUUCCUGGAGCUGGCUUCGUAAAUCAUCAUCCUCAUAUUACUGGCUACCCAUUUCACAAGUGUAUGAAGAAGGUCUCUUGUAUACUCCACAGUUCUUUCCUUCUGCCACCAUUUAAAGCUUUGUAUUUAACAACAGUUUGCUUACUUGAUAACUCUAUAGUAUCCUAAAAUUCAUUGUGUUACAUUUGUCCUUUCAUUAGUAUUUCAGAUGAAAGGAAAUUAACUGUCGUCCAUAUGUUAGUCUAUUUUUGCUUUGACUACUGUAUCGCCAUUCAUUCCACUACUUGGUCCCUCUUAUACGAGGACAAUUACAGUGCUAUAUUAUCCACCUCUGGCAUUAUAUUCAACUUCACAAGUGCUGCUGGUGGUUUUGUAUGUGUGCCUCAGAAUUUCUAGUUUUCUUUUUGCUUGUCUGGUUUCACACUUGUGGAAUUUAUGGAGCUGAGAGAGAGCUCAGUGACUUCUUUUCAGAGAUCCCAGAAGAUGUUUCUUUUUCAGCUAGUAUUCAUCGAGAAUGAAGAUAACCAUUUCUGUACUUUUUUAUCGUAUCAGUCUGUUACUUUUGGACUUGUGUAUAUAUUUACUAAUUUAUUUAUUUAUUUACAGUUUGUGUGUGUUUUGAGGACUUGGUGUAGCUCGUUUUUGUCAUAUUUAUGUUUUAUCAUUGUUUGCACUUUUUACUUGUGUUUCAUUCUUUCUCAAAGAUGAUUUUUGGUAAAGCACCUAAAUAAAGUUGCAGUCGUUACUUUCUUAA